AUGGAAGCUACAUCUUCCAAAAGACCAAGACACACCAAAUCAUCCGCCCGCCGUCGGAGGCCUAGAUCCCCAUCCCCUCCAUCUAGAUCUCCAUCACCUCCAUCUAGAUCCCCAACACCUCCAGCCGACCCGUCUCAUUGUGGUGUCGUAUGUCUUGGCCCAAUUCAACAAGGCAAACUUGAUCAAGUCAAAACCCUGUUUCGCAACAUAGGGUGGCACGGCUUGUUGAGGGUCCAUGAAUUGAGCUAUAAAGUCCCAACAGCUGAGUUUCUAUCCUCAGUGUAUUUGGACCAUGGGAUCCUCUCCUUCCGUCUAAUGAAUCAAGACUAUGAGAUCUCUUUAGAUCAAAUCAAUGCCAUUGUGGGGGCCCCAACGGAAAACACAUUUGGCCCCACCGACCCAAUUCAAGGAUAUUUUGACUUAACGUGGUGGACCCAACUCACCCGAUUACACCCAUAUGUCUCUAGUGCCGCUAAAGCCUCAUCACUCAUCCAUCCCAUGAUGAAGGUAGUUCAUAGAAUCAUUGCUUCGCUCGUCCCCCCUAGAGAGGAGCGAAGCACCAUCAGCGCGCUAGAACUCAAAAUCCUCUAUGCAAUGACCCAUCCCGAGAACAACCUCAUUCCUCAUCAUGGUCGGUUUUUGUGUCACAAACUCAUCCGCCUAAGCACAUCCCGAUCGGGAAAGAUUGUUUGCGGGGGUAUUGUCAGUAUGCUCGCCAAGAGCGCCCAAAUCCGAGCCCCAUACCCCGGUCCCCACCAGCCACUGUCGGGUGAGCCUUACCUCACCACUACUGUCCUUGAGUCCAUGCGACUCUUCCGUUCGGCAGACGAUGGCACACAUCACUGGACCGUGGGUCAAAAUCAUGAUCCCAAGCUCUUCAUCACACCCGACAACAAAGGAAUUCUUGAUCUCCGAGACCCCAAUCAUAUGACCGACUGGCAAAUCACACCAUAUCUUUUCCCCAAUUCCUUCUCUGAAGAGGAAGAAGAGGAAGAUGGUGAUGAUAAUGAUGAUGAAGAGGAGGACCACCAUGCUUCUCCUGCCGGUGGUGCCAGCUCAUCCCAUUAUGCUACACCCCCGUCUUAUCAUUAG